AAUAUUUAUAUUAUAAUUUAAAUUUGCGGCGAUAGUGCUUGUGAUUAAAAAUGAAUUCUACGGAGUUUCGGGAGUUCGGCAAGGCGGCGAUCGAUCUUAUGGCGGAUUACUACGAUUCCAUUCGAACAAGGGAUGUGCUGCCAUCGGUUGAACCAGGAUAUUUAUUGAAAAUGCUGCCCGAAAGCGCUCCUGAAGAGCCAGAAAACUGGAAAGAUGUCCUAAAAGAUUUCAAUGAAGCAAUAAUACCAGGCAUAACCCAUUGGCACUCGCCUCAGUUUCACGCCUUCUACCCGACAGCAGUUUCGUACCCCGGCAUCGUCGGAGGCCUGCUCAGCGAUAGUCUCGCCGUCAUCGGAUUCAGUUGGAUGUCAAGCCCGGCAUGCACCGAACUGGAGGUGGUAACGAUGAAUUGGCUGGGCAAGCUCCUCGGGCUCCCGGAGGAAUUCCUCAACUGCUCUGACGGCCCUGGCGGUGGGGUCAUUCAGGGUUCAGCUAGUGAGGCAACUCUAGUCGGAUUACUUGUUGCCAAAAACAAAACCGUACACAGACUCAUGGUAAACGAUCCCAGCCUCAAGGAAGGCGAGAUCAACGCUAAGCUCGUGGCCUACACGUCGGACCAAUGCAACUCGUCGGUUGAAAAAUCCGGAUUACUCGGCUCCAUGAAAAUGCGGUUACUUAAAUCUGAUGCAGAUGGCAGACUGCGUGGAGAAACACUUAAAAAUGCAUUUGAAGAGGACAGAGCCCAAGGCUUAAUACCAUGCUAUGUUAUUGCCAACCUUGGCACGACAGGCACCUGCGCCUUCGACCCUUUGUAUGAACUUGGCCCGGUGUGCAAGGAAGCCAAUGUGUGGCUACAUGUCGACGCCGCCUACGCAGGAUCAGCUUUCAUUUGCCCCGAAUACAGAGUACUAAUGAAAGGAGUUGAAUACGCAGAUUCCUUUGACUUCAACCCACACAAGUGGAUGCUUGUGAAUUUCGAUUGUUCCGCAAUGUGGGUCAAAAAUGGAUACGAUCUAAUCAACACUUUCGACAUCCAGCGUAUAUAUUUAGACGAUGUUAAGACUAACAUAAAAAUACCUGACUAUCGUCACUGGCAAAUACCUCUCGGUAGACGAUUCAGGUCUUUGAAGUUGUGGACUGUUUUGAGAAUAUAUGGGGCAGAAGGGAUUAGAUCUCAUCUCAGAAAUCAGAUCAGCCUCGCUCAACAUUUCGCCAAGUUAGUUCGAGCUGACGAUCGAUUUCUGGUGGAACCUGAGCCAUCAAUGGGAUUGGUGUGCUUCAGGCUUAAAGAUGGUGACAGCGCAACACGCAAAUUGUUAGAAAAUUUAACGGAAAAGAAACAAAUCUACAUGGUGGCGGCCACUUACCGUGGCAGGUAUAUAAUCCGAUUCGUCGUCUGUUCUCAUUUAACAACGAGGGAAGAUAUUGACAUCAGUUGGAAAAUAAUUAAAGAGGAAGUUGACAUGAUCGUCACGCCCACGUUACACACCAAAACUCAAAUCCCAGCGUUAGGUCAUAUCGACAUCAAGAGUUUAUGUGAAAAAUCGAAGUAAUCAUAAAAUAUUUUAAUAUUAUAAA